UGACCCUGUGUGUACGCUGUCUGGCGCGGGGAGUUGUGGGUGAGGCAAGAUGGCGGCUGCUGUUCGGUACCCUUGGUCUUCUCGCGGCCUUUUGCUGCCAAGGACAGGCUCUGGCAUUUCUGCAUUAUCUGUGGUGCCGUAUGUGUUGCAGCAGCACCGCCAAGUUCAUCAUGCGGUGAUCCCUCAUGGGAGAAGUGGACGAUCCUCUGUUAGUGGCAUUGUGGCCACUGUCUUUGGAGCUACAGGUUUCCUGGGGCGUUAUGUUGUCAAUCGUUUAGGUCGCAUUGGAUCUCAAGUAAUCAUACCUUAUCGCUGUGAUCAAUAUGACCUCAUGUAUCUGCGACAGAUGGGUGACCUGGGGCAACUUCUCUUCUUAGAGUGGGACUGUAAGGACAAAGAUUCUACCCGAAGAGCCGUGGAGCACAGCAAUGUGGUCAUUAAUCUUAUUGGAAAGGAAUGGGAAACAAAAAACUUCAGUUUUGAAGAUGAAUUUGUAAAUAUUCCUAAAAGUAUUGCCCAGAUAACAAGAGAGGCUGGUGUGGAAACACUCAUUCAUAUCUCUCACUUAAAUGCUAGCAUGAAGAGUCCUUCCAAAUACCUGAGGAGUAAAGCUGUGGGAGAGAAAGCAGUAAGGGAAGAAUUUCCGGAUGCUAUAAUUAUGAAGCCCUCUGAGAUGUUUGGGAGAGAGGACCGAUUUCUCAAUCAUUAUGCGAACAUGCGCUGGUUUGGUGGUGUGCCUCUUAUUUCUUUGGGCAAAAAAACAAUGAAGCAACCAGUAUAUGUGGUUGAUGUAGCAAAGGCAAUUAUUAAUGCAGUUAAGGAUCCUGAUGCUAAAGGAAAAACAUAUGCCUUGGCUGGACCUAAUAGGUACCUGCUGUAUGACAUGAUAGAAUACAUCUAUGCAGUUGCUUAUCGAACCUUUUUUCCGUAUCCACUUCCACGUCCUCUGUAUCAUUUAAUUGCAAGAUUCUUUGAGAUGAGUCCAUUUGAACCAUGGUUAACUCGAGACAAAGUAGACAGAUUUCACACAACAGACAUGACAUUGCCUGAUCUCCCUGGUUUGGAAGAUUUGGGUAUUCAACCAACAUCUCUAGAACAAAAAGCAAUUGAAGUUCUUCGCCGUCACCGCAGAUUCCGCUGGUUGGAUGCUGAGCUGGAGGAAGCAAAACCAGCAAAGACAUAUCCAAUGUAACAGUUGCAUAAGUGUUUACUUAACACUUAUUAAACCAUCUCUGUAUGACCUAGCUUUUUGGAGAACUGUGUACAUACUAAGUAAAAUAUUGUAAUCACGUAAACUGUUUUUUAUCGACAGUGUUGUCUUUUUAAUUACAGGAACUCUAGUUGAUACGCAAUUCUUGUCUUUAAUAGAUAAUGAAAGCAAAUUUACACAUUAUUUACUUAGUUAUUGAGUAUUAAAAUAUUUUGAUGAUUGGGAGUGGGAGAGGAGGCUAAUCACAUUAGCUAGAAGAAGUUGAGGUUUGUAUGGAAGCUGGUUUUUAAAACCAGAUUGAGAACAGGGAUGAAAUGAGUGAUGAAAAAACUUGUAUUUUCACCUCAAAGCUUUCUACUUUUUGCCUUUGUUGGAGGUGACAGUAGGCGGGAAGGAACAGGGGCGAUCUGGACAAAUAUAAUGAAGGUAUGAAAGGUGGAAGCCUAAUGGUGGAGUAGAAAUCUGAGUAGAAGAUUGGAACUGAGUCAGUGGUGAAAACAGAGUAGGAAAAAGAGUAGACAAUCUAAAAAGAAUAAGAGGGUAAAGGUUAGGGAAAGCACAGAAGUUUCUUGAUUAAAUCAUGAUGUUUACUGGAGCCAAGGAUCAGAAUUUCGGUAUUUCUGUGUUGUUGCCAAACUACUGUCAAACUCUUGGGCAGAGUAUUUCUUUAAUUUCAACAGCUUCCACCUUUUCCUCAUCCCAAAAACCUACUGCUGCUAAUGUCAGUUUUUAGAGGAAGUAGGAUCUUGAGACAAAAAUAUUUUUCCUACCAUAUGUUUGAUUUGGCCUUUGUUCAUAGGUUAUUGUUCCUCUGAUAACGUAAGUUCAUUCACUUUAAAAUAAAUCUGUCAGUUCCAUAAGAAA